AUGUCUGCCACAUGCAAUGAAGGGAACCAAGCCUCAGUGACAGAAAUGGUGUCAGUCCAUUUCGUAAGGGUAAAAGUGCAACAUCUCCCAUUAAAGUCCUGGGGUGACACUGUCAUAACACUGGUACCAAACAGAGAACAAGGAGUGACUGGCUAUGUCUAUCGCCUGGCUCCGGAGCACCCGUACCCAGCGCAGAGGAAGGAUUGCUUCGCUGCUACUGUGCACUUCAUGCAAAAUGCAAAGCUCUACGGGGUGGAUCCUUCUCAGAUCAUCAUUGCUGGGGACAGUAUGGGGGCCAAUAUUGCUAGCGUUGUCGCCCAAAACCUGGUGGAGAGAUCAGACCUGCCAAAGCUACGGGCUCAAGUGCUGAUCUAUGGUGGCUUCCAAACUAUGGACUUCAACCUACCUUCUUAUCAACAGAAUGGCAGGAUGCCUCUCUUGUUCAGGGAGAAUGUUCUUCAUUUUGGUCUGCAGUAUUUUCUAAAGGACACUUCUCUGAGUCAUGAUGUCUUGAAGGGAUCUCAUGUGCCAGAUGAAAUGAGGCUCAAAUAUGGGAAGUGGAUGAGUCCAGAUAACAUUCCAGAGAAAUUUAAGCGUCGUGGGUAUGAACGAGUACCACACGCUCCUUAUAAGCCUGAUGUGUACAAACAAGUGUCAGAGACACGCCAACCCACUUUCUCUUCACUUUUUGCUGAAGACACUGUCAUCCGAGAGCUCCCGGAGACUUUAAUUGUGAGUUGCGAAUAUGAUGUAAUUCGAGAUGAUUCUCUCUUGUACAAGAAGCGACUGGAAGACAACGGUGUGAAAUUCAGAUGGUUCCAUGCUGAAAACGGGUUUCAUGGAGUGCUGAACCUCUUCAGUGUUGGGUUUUUGACAUUCCCCAACGGUAUAGAAAUACUGGACAAUGUUGUAGACUUUGUCAAACAUUUAUGAGGGGAUUUUGCAGUGCUACAAUUCCUUAAGGAAUAAAGAUACCUAAAUAUUAAGGUGGAAGGGUGAAACACUCACACCAUUAUAAGCCCUGAAAGUUCUUA